AUGCUCUCUGGACGUGCUGAAAAAGCGAGGACAUCAACCCAGGUGCGCUGUCAUCGAGUGCUUUUGGACACCAAGGCAUUCCUGAAGCGUUUCUGUGAGGUCGAGUCGGUUCCAUACCGCCCUACAGCAACACACGACGAACUGUGGUGCGAGUCCUUUUUCCAGAAGACUGUUAUGCGUCGAUCGGAUGGCCGCUAUGUAGUGCGCAGCCCAGAACGGUGGAGCAAAUAUGUGGAGGAGAUCGAGGAAUACUUCACGCUCGAGCAAAUAGCGCCUGCGGUGGGCAAUGAAGACAGUUCUGUAAGGAAUAAUUUCACGAAUAGGCACGUAGCAUUCUGUGUGCUCCCGCAUCACGCUGUCUUUAAGAAGGAUCCUCAAGCGACCAAACAGCGACUCGUCUUCGAUGCCUCCUCAAGGACUAGCCAUGGACGAUCUUUAAACGACAUUCUUUGGACUGGACAGACCCUGCAGAACACCAUGUCGGCAGUCAUACUCAAUUGGCGGAAAUAUCGUUUCGUUUUCACGGCGUAUAUACAGAAAAUGUAUCGCUGUAUCGAUGUGCACCCGGAAGACGCCCAAUAUCAGCGGAUUUUAUGGCGGGCGGUGAAUGCAUCCAUCAAUGUUUAUGCUUUGUCAGCGCUAAAAUUCGGAAAGGCUUCAAAAAUUAGCGAAGGAUGA